GCGCAGUUUACGUCUCCAUCUGGUGCGAAAUAGUUGUGUUGCGUUGUGUUGCGUUGGAUGUGUUGGAGUGGGGUCAGGGGUGCGUUUGUGUCUGUGCGGUCGGUGAACUAUCGUGUGUGGCUUUGAAUAAAAUGUAUAGGUUUGGAAGGAGAUAAUGAACAACACCACAACAACAGCUGCCCCCGCUGUUACGGCAGUGACUGCGGCUGCUGCCAAUACCUCAGAGUUGCCUGAUGGCACCGUCACACCUCUCGUGCCGCUGCCCGGUGAGGAGGGCUACAUCUUCCUGGAGACUGUCUCAGCGCAGGCCAUCGCCGGCGCGUUCGUGUGGGCGGCCCUCCUCAUCACAGUCCACCAGAUCUACCAGCACCUGCGGUUCUACACCAACCCGGCGGAGCAGCGGUGGAUAGUGCGGAUCCUGUUCAUCGUGCCCAUCUAUGCCUUCGACUCGUGGCUCAGUCUGCUGUUCUUCAAUAAGAAUAAUUACUAUAUCUACUUCAACACAGUGCGGGACUGCUAUGAAGCGUUCGUCAUCUACAACUUCCUUUCGCUCUGCUACGAGUACCUGGGCGGCGAGGGCAACAUCAUGUCCGAGAUCCGCGGCAAGCCCAUCAAGACGACGCUCUGCAGCUGCACCUGCUGUCUGGCCGGCCGGAGCUACACCAUCGAGUUCCUGCGCUUCUGCAAGCAGGCCACGCUGCAGUUCUGUGUGGUCAAGCCGGUGAUGGCCUGUGUCACCAUCGUACUGGAGGCCUACGGAAAAUAUUCGGACGGAUACUGGAGCGCGACGAGCGGCUACCUCUACAUCACCAUCAUCUACAACUUCAGCGUUUCGCUGGCGCUCUAUGCGCUCUUCCUGUUCUACCACGCCACCAGGGAGAUGCUGCGACCCUUCGAUCCCGUCAUCAAGUUCUUCACAGUGAAGUCGGUCAUCUUUCUGUCCUUCUGGCAGGGCGUGCUUCUGGCCAUUCUCGAGUGGAGCGACAUGUUCGAGGAGCGCAGCUACAUCAACCCAGGCACCAUGUCGGCCGGCUACCAGAACUUCCUCGUCUGUAUCGAGAUGUUCUUCGCCGCCAUCAUGCUGCGCUACGCGUUCCCGCAUACGACCUACUCCCAGGAGUGUUUUACCGAUCCGAGCGGACGGUCGGUGACCAUGACGAGUAUCUCCAGCUCUCUGAAGGAGACGAUGAACCCACGAGAUAUAAUGACGGACGCGAUUCACAACUUCCAUCCGCAGUACAGCCAGUACACCCAGUACAGUGCCGGCAUCGGUGACGGCAGCAGUCGCCGUCCGCCCGCCUCCCGGCCCGCCGAACUGGACGUCACAUCCACCGCAGUGGCGCCGCCUGUCGGCCCGUCGGCAGGGUUUCAGGAGCUGCGCGCGCCGCCAGGCGGCAGCACCAGCGCUCCGCCAGGUGGCAGCACCGGCGGCAUGGUGCCGGGCUAUCAGCAGGCCGGCGGUCGGCCAAGCAAGAACCACUCUCGUACCCACUCGGGCAGCUACGACGGUGACGCCGGUGUGCCCCAGUCCAGUCUCCAUGGCAACAAGAGACCAAACAACCCGCGCGUCAGCGGACUCAGCUACACGGAGAAAACCACACUGCUCUCUAGCGACGACGAGUUCCCGUGAGCGGCCGCGACCGGGGCGACACCUAUACCGUAGUUAGUUACUCUGCGCGCCGCUAGGUGUCCCUGACCGGUGAUUGGGUUCGGUGAUUCUGUGAUUAGUUGAGUCGCUCCGCGGCCUGCGAGGGCGGUAGACGUUUUCUGUUGAUAUCACGUGCCACCGCAGCGGAUAUACGCCGUGAUAAUUAUGCGCCGCUGGAGCAUAGCUCGGGUAUAACAAGCUAUGAUUUUCCCAGGUGUAAGUUAUGUACAGUGUUUUUGUAUUGCU